AUGUUUAAAAGUAACAAGAUAUUAUCUGUUGGGAGUAAUGAAUUUGGAGUUAUAGAAUUAGUAACAGCGAAGCAACUAUUUGUGAGUCGUUUGAAAGUAGAUGAUAGAACAAGAAAUAUUUAUGAUGAUUUUAAUGUAGAGGAAUAUGUAUUUGAAGUGAGUGGUAAAGGUAACCUUGAGAAGAAUGAAAAAGAAAGUAAAAGGGAUAGUUGUAGUUAUAGUGACAUUUCAAAGAAUGAGUUAAAUAAUAAUAGAAUAGAAGAUAAAAAGGAAAAAGAUAGAGAAAAAAAUGGAAUUAAUAAUAAUGAUGAUAAAGAUGUAUAUAAAGAAGAACUUUAUUUUUUACGAAUGAAUCCAUUACAUUUAAAUAGAUGGUAUAAAUUUUUAGAAAUGUAUGAAGAUGAAGAAGAAAUAUAUGAACAGUUUCUAUUAAUAUUUCCUCGUUGUGUUUAUUACUGGAAUAAAUAUGCAGAAUUAAAAAUAAAAAAGAAAGAAUAUAAAGAAGCUUAUGAAAUAUAUAGGAAAUGUAUAGAUUCGAAUAUUUAUGAUUUAAAAUUAUUUUUAUCAUUUUUAUAUUUUACUUAUCAUACAUCUUCAAUUCAUGAAUAUAUAAAUUUUUUAUUUGAAGCUUUAAAAUGUGUAGGUACUGAUAUAAAAUCAGGUAGUAUAUGGGUGGAGUUAUUAUAUAUAUUAAUAAAAAUAUAUAAUACGAAUUUAAUAGUUAAUAAUGAAAUAACGAAAUUAUUAUAUGACCCAUUUAAACAUACACAUCAUGGUAAUAGGAAUAUGAAUACUUUAAUACCAACAGAAGAGGAACAAAAUAUUUUUAAGUCUUAUAUACCUAGUAUGAAUAAUUCAAAAAUAAGUUAUUUCGAUCAUUAUAUUAAAGAUGGAAAGUUAAGGAAAUUUUAUCAAAGGUGGUUACAUCAUGCAACGAAAUAUUUAGAUAAGGUGUGGAAAUGUUAUUGUUCAUUUGAAAAAGCUAGUGAUAAUUUUAAUUCUACUUGUAGUUCAAGUUCUUUAUCUAUAUAUAAUAAUCAAUAUUUAAAUUCAAAAAAUGCUUUUAAAGAAUUAUGUAUUAUAUAUAAAGAAAUGAAUGUUGAUAGAAAAGGUAAAAUUAUUCUUCCUAUAAAUAAAAAAUCGAAAAUAGAAAAUAACAUUUUAUAUAUUAAAUGGAUGAAAAUUAUUAAUUUUGAAAAAACAAAUCCAUUAAAAUUAACCAUUCCUUUAGUUUUUAAAAGAAUUAAAUAUACAUAUGAACAAGCUCUUAUACAUUUACAAUUUAAUUCAGAUUUAUGGUUCUCAUAUUUUCAAUAUUUGUUGUUGAAUAAAAAAUUUGUCUAUGCCAUACGUAUAAUGAGAGAAGCCAUAGAAGUAUAUUUACCAUUUGAUGAAAUAUUAAAAUUAAAUUUUGCUUAUUUUUUUGAAAAGAAUGCCUUAAUAAAUCAAGCUCAUUAUGUAUACCAAUUAAUGAUAAAUGAAGUUUCUAAGAAGCAAAAAAAAAAAUUCUCUCUGUCUUUUUUGUAUGAGAAGGACAAAUUUAAGAAGUUCCCUUAUACUGUUUUAGAAAAUACAUCAAAGGGUAAAGGCAAAAAUAAGAACAAACAACUCAAAGGUAAUGUCAAAAGGGACAUGUCUAUAAAAGAAGAAGAUGGUAACGAUGACAAUUUGGUAGAUGAAAAAUGUGCCAAUAUUUCUGAUCCAUCACCAGAUUGUUCACAAGAUGAUGACAUAUGUGCAGAAAAAAAUUCAACAAAAGAAAGUCAAAGGAAAAAGAGAAGAAGUAGCAAAAAAGAACACGAAGAAGAACAAAAUAAAGAAAUAAUAAAGGUUGGAAAAUAUACACAUACAAAAAAAAAAAUAAAAAUAAAUGACAUAAAAUGUGGUGAUAAUAAUAAAAGUUUAUUAUCAAAUGAUGAAGAUGAUAAUUAUAUACAUGAUGAUACUCAACAUAAUAAUAUUAAUGAUAAAGUUGGUAAUAUAUAUGGAGAUAAAGAUGGUAACACAUGUGGAGAUAAAGAUGGUAACACAUGUGGAGAUAAAAAUAUAAAAUCAAAAAUUGGGACCCCUAUAAGUGAUGAUGAAAUAAAAAGAAGAUUUCAUCAAAAUGAUUAUGAAAAAAUUGAAGAAAGAAAAAAAUAUUUUGUAAAAUAUUUUCAUAUAAAGAAAAGGAAAAGACGUAUAUUUGUUUUUACACACUUUCUAAAUUUUAUUAAACGUAAUUAUGAUGAAACCAUUUGGAGAUAUUAUGUAGGUUUAAUAUUAAAAGAAGAAAGAUGUUGUGAAGAGAUAUAUUAUUAUUGUGCUAAUAUAGAAAGGAGAAUAUUAAAUAAUGAAAAGAGAGCAAUGUAUAUUAUGAAUGAAGGAUAUAAGAAAUUUAUUUGUAAGAAAAAGUUUUUAUUAUUUUAUAUAAAUUUUUUAUUAGAAAAAGGAUAUAUAAAUAAUAUUCGAACUUUAAUAUAUGAGUUUAUACAUGAGAUAUAUAAAAAAUUUUAUAAAAGUUAUUAUGAAAAUAAUAAUCUAAUUGAUAAGAAAAUACAUAAAACAAAAUUAUCACAAAAUGAAUUUAAUUUAUUUGAACCAAAUUAUUUAAUAUUAUUAAAAAAAAAAAAUAAAUCAUGUGAAAAGAUAUGGAAUAUAUUAAUACAUAUAGAAAUAUUAUAUGGUGAUAUACGUAAUUUAAAUAAAAUUUAUGAUAUGAAAAUCAAAUAUGAUUCUGGUUACAAUUUAGAAGAAAAUAAACAUAUCUUGUUAGAUUAUGAUACAUUAAAUAUAUAUAAUCAAAAGGAAAAAAAACAAAAUAUUUUUUUAGAUAAUUUUUAUACUGAUGAAUAUAAUCAAAAUAAUAUGACAAAUAUAUUAUGUAAAGGAUAUCUAGAAAAUUUAAAAAAAAAUGAUAUUGAUACUUUACAAUUUAAAACCAAAUUAAUUAAUUCACAAUUAUUUGGAGGAAUUUCUUUGAAAAAAACAUAUUCAAUUUUUAGGGUUAAUAAUCCUAAUGUGUUUUCUAAUUUAUCAUUUUAUGAUUAUAUAGUGAAAGAAAAAAAAAAAAAUAAAAUUAAUCAUAAUGAAGAUAAUAAUAAAAUAUUGAAUAAUAAUAUGUAUAUGAGAAAUAAUCGGGAGUCAUUAAUAACACUUAAGGAUGGAUGGAGUAACAAUAAUAAUGAUAAUAAUAAUAAUGAAAAUAAUAAUGAUAGUAAUUAUAAUAACAAUAUGGAAGAUUCACAAAUAAAUAAAAACAUUAUGAAUUAUUUAAAUAUGAAUAGAAAUUCUACAUAUAAUAGAUAUUCGAUAUUUUCGGAAUUUUUCUGUUUUGGUAUUAAAAGGGAUAGUUGUCUUACCACUAUUGAUAAUAAUAAUACUAAAAAAAAAAAUAAUGAGAUGGAUGAUAAAGAUGAUGAUAUGAAUAAUAUACCAUCAAAUUUUAAAAAUUGUGUAAAUUAUAUUAUUAGGCCAGAUUUAAAAACAAUGUUUGUAUAUAAACCAUUUGAAAAUUAUGAAUUUGUAGAAACAGAAAAAAAUGAUUUUGAUAAAAAAAAAAAAGAUAAAGAAACAUUUAAUAUGUCUUUUAAAGAUAGUUUAUAUUAUAAACAUAAUCGUAAUAAUAAAAAUCUAUAUGAUGAAAAGAAUAAAAAAGAAUUUGUACGAAAAAGAGAAUAUAUUGCUAUGCCGAAUAUUAUUAAUGAUUUCUUAUGUUUAUUACCUGAACAAAAUAAUAAUAUUAAAUUGUCAGAUAAUUCAAUAGAUUAUCUAGUUAAUUCAUUACAAAACUUAAAUAUACCAAAACUUGAUAAUUUCCCAUAUGAGCCAAUACCUGUAAAAGACAUUCUACAAAUAAAAAAUGCUCUCAACGAGUAA